GUAAAUAUUGGAAGCAAAUUGAUACAAUAACAAAAAGGAUCAUUAAAGCACAUUUCCGCUCUUAACUUCCACUUGGUCGGAAGUUUGUCAGAGUUUAACGCUUGCGAAAGGUGCUUCGAACCCUUUCCCGUUCUCGGCUCGCAUAUUUCGCCGUUAUGUUGUACCGUCGUUGUGCACUCGUUUACAUACAAAAGUUCCCUUAAUGGAUCAUGCUGCAGUUUUCGAAUUUAUUUUUAGACUACUUUGCAAUUACUCGUACUUCUCGUUGAAAAAAAACCAAACAAAAAUAAAAACUAUAGAGAACAAACAAUUAAUAAAAUAACGUAAAAUAAAACAGUUCGUUAACCAAAAAAAAUUGUAACGCGCGUACAUACGCAACCAAAAACACAUAUAAAUUUAUUGCGAAAUGAACACUAAUAUAAAAUAAUAAUAACAAUUUGUUCGCGAAAAAAUUAUUUAAUUUUUAUGCUAAAAGAAAGAUCGCAGAACUCUUUUUUCAAAACAAAAAAGAUUAAAAAGAAAAAAAAAAUACUCGCUCAUGCGCAUGCGCUCCUCCAUAUUCCACCAAAAUCAUUUUCGAAAAUCGGUUUAUUGAAACAAUGCGUAUCAUAUAAAAAAACAGACAACUGACCAACACUUGACUAACAGAUAGCUGCAUAGGUGUAAAGAAAACAAAGCAAAUGGUAGAAAGGGAAUUAAAUGUGUUCGAGCGCAAGAAACUGCCACAAUCGUUGUCACAAGCUUUGAUGGAUGUUUUCUAGAAAAAAAAUCAAAGCAAGCGAAGCAGAUUCUCAGUAUCACCACCAAUCACUCGUUUUCAUAAAUUAUUAAAUGACACCCACACACAUACCUACAUAAUUGAGUUGAACAUAAGACACCUAAAUGAAAAAAUUUAAUAAAAAUAAAAAUAUAUAUAUCGAAGUAAAAGAAAUAAAAUAUUAGGUUUAAAAAGUGUAAUAAGUAAAAAGUUGGAAAAAAGUACAAAUUACAACAAUAAGUUCAUCAAAAAUCAGCACAACACCCACGAAAAACAAGCAGCACGCAGUAAAAGCAACAGUAAGCGCAGCCCACAGUACGAAAGUGGCAGAAAAGCAUUUUGACAUUGAGAGAGAGAGUGAGAGGAAGGAAAAGAGAGCGACAGAGAGAGAAAGAUCGCGCGCCAUUUCCACCAAACGCACAAAAGCGCUAAGCGUCGGCAUACAAUCAAUCUACCUAACAUCACUUCGUCUGGCUCGGAGCAAAUUCUCCAAUAAAAUCCAUGCGCAUCCUGAAAAUUGAAUCCUCUGCGCGCUGUUAGGUGGUGAAUCCGUGAAACAGCUUCAAAGCCUUGUGCGUUACUCGAAGCCAAAGUGCAUACACCGAGCGAUUGGUUUUGCGCUGACACUUUGGUAACUCUUAUAACGUUACGUAACACUAAUCGCCGGCAACGCCAUUGUGUCGUUGGUGGUGUUGGUGGCGGUGUGUCGUCGGUAUUGUUGUUGGUGGUGUUGGGUUUCGGUUGUCGUAGCCGGUGCAGUUGUCGGAAAGUCGCAAAAUUAUCAUCAUAGCUGAGUGGAGUAAAGUUUCAGGCACCGUCGACUGACACGCGCCAACCGCUGUACCAACGCACCCGUACGCCCACCCGCUCGUCCGCUCGCCUACACGCUCGCAUCACUCACUCUCCGCACGCAUCGCAACGCUGCAUCAUUACACACAUCGUAGUCCUUAAAGCGAAACAACAAAGAACAACAUCAAAAAAGCAAAAGCAAAAACAAAAAUUUAUUAAAUCAUAGCAACCACUGCCAAUUGGCUGCCUGCUGCUUAUUUGACUGAUUGACUGACUGGCUGAUUGGCCGGCUCGUUUGCUGAGCAUAUGUAAAAUAGAACGGCGGUCGCCAUUAUCAACGUCAACAUUGCAGCGCCAAAUAGACACACAAUAUGGCAACACCACAAGUCAAAGAUUUGGUGUUGCGUUCUCCUGCUGGCUCCUCUGAAGUGGUCACUUUCGCGUGGCCCCUACAAGUUGGCAGCGGUCAGGACAAACACGACAAUGGCAUCGAUAUUAUCGACACGAUCAAGUUCGUGUGCGAAGAAUUGCCGAGCAUCUCAUCCGCAUUCGAAGAGAUUAAUCUCCAUCAAAUUGACACUGCCUGCUACAAGACUAUGACAAAUCUUGUCGAUCGAUUCAACAAGGCUGUAGACAGUAUUGUUGCAUUGGAAAAAGGAACUUCACUGCCCGCUGAGCGUCUGAAUAAAUUCGCUCAUCCCAGCUUACUCAGACAUAUACUGCAAUUAGUCUAUAAUGCUGCCGUACUCGAUCCGGAUAAACUCAACAAUUACGAACCCUUCUCGCCCGAGGUCUAUGGUGAAACAUCAUACGAACUCGUCCAACAGAUGAUCAAACAUGUGAAUGUCACAAACGAUGAUACAUUCAUUGAUUUGGGUUCCGGCGUCGGUCAAGUCGUGUUACAAAUGGCUGGCUCGUUUCCGCUUAAGGCAUGCGUGGGCAUCGAAAAGGCGGAUACGCCGGCCCGUUAUGCCGAACGUAUGGAUAUGUAUUUUCGGCAAUUUAUGGCGUGGUUCGGGAAACGUUAUUGCGAUUAUAAAUUAAUUAAAGGCGAUUUUUUAGUCGAUGAACAUCGUGAGAAAAUUACUUCAUCUUCGUUGGUUUUCGUAAAUAACUUUGCAUUCGGGCCGAAUGUAGAUCAUCAGCUGAAGGAACGUUUCGCAGAUUUGCGUGACGGUGCACGUAUUGUAUCGUCGAAAUCAUUUUGUCCGCUGAAUUUUCGCAUAACUGAUAGAAAUCUCAGCGACAUCGGCACAAUAAUGCAUGUCAGCGAAAUACCACCACUCAAGGGUUCGGUCUCGUGGACUUGCAAACCAGUAUCGUAUUAUUUGCAUACGAUUGAUCGUACGAUAUUGGAGCGUUAUUUUCAACGCUUGAAAACUCAAAAAGGUGCUGAAAACGAUCAUGUCGGCUCCACACGUACCACACGCGAUCGUGCCAAACGGGAGGCUAAUAAUCACGCACUCAACAAUCACCAUCAUCACCACCACCACAAUAACCAUAACAACAGCAAUAGCAACAACAACGCACACUCAAAUUCCACACACUCGAACUCCUCCGCUGCCAACUCGUCAUCCUCGAACUCCUCCAGCAAUAAUAAUAACACGCAACGUACCAAUUCGCCUGCAGCGCAUGUCAACAACAACCAUCAGUCAACAUCAACGACAACAACGACGAUGACGACAACGUCGACAACGACAGCGUCCAAGUCCACUAGAAAUCAGCAGCAACGCGAACAACAGCAAGCUCAAUCUCAAGCGCAACGGAACAACAUGGACGUGGAUACGUCUACGGAGAGCGAUGGCGAAGCGGCGAAUGGCAGUACAACUGGCGGCACCGCCAAUGGUCCGACCACACGCAAAAUCUGGUCUGACUGGUGCAGCAGCUCGAAGGGCAAGUCGUCGCAGUCCGAUGAUGAGGAGAACAAUAAUAAUUUUAGUAGCGCUACCACAACGACAGCGCGAAAUGCACGCACUGUCACUCAGAAGAAGCGCAAGAAGCUUACGCGGAAGGCGGCGAUUGCCAGCAAGAGCGCUGCUGCUGCGGCGGCACAGCGUGAAGCAGCUGCUGCUGCACGUGAGGCGGCGGCACAGGCUGCCGCCGUCGCAGCCGCCGCAGCGAAUAGCAAAGAUUCCUCCUCGAAAGAGGAUGCUGGCGCUGGCAGUGGUGGUGGCGGUAUACGCGGUCGGAAGGGUCGUAUGAAGAAGGGGGCACGCGGUCGCAAAUCGUUGAAGAUCGCCGGUCUGGAUGUGCUGCACAAGCAAACGCUGUUGAGCACGUCACACGAGGUGCUAAGCAAGAAAUUGCCAGCCGCACCGGGCUGCGUUGAUCAACAGCUGACUUCGCUGCUGACGCGAAAUAUGUCACACGCAGAAUUGGAAAUACCAGAGGCGCCGCAGGAUACGCCGUAUGCGUUGCAAAUUUUAUUGGACGUCUUCCGCACGCAAUACAUGGCAAUGAUCGAACAGAUGAGGGCAAAAGCGUUCGUGCCGAAUAUUAAGCGUCAGAUACAACUGGAGCAGGAGCGCAAACAACGCAUUAAGAAUCGCGCAAGCCAGCUGGACAAGCAGAUUAAAGUGCUAAUCGAUGAUAGCGUGAUGUUGCUGAAGGCGCGCAUGAAUGAGCUGGGAAUCAAUGUGACCUCACCGAAUGAUUUGAUCACUAAGGCAAAAGAGAUCGUAGGUCGACACAAGGAAUUGCAGGGAAUUGCCAAGAAGAUACAAUCACAGGUUACUGCUUGUGAGCUGGAACAGAAACGUCUUUUGAAGAAGCACCUGCAACACCUGCCGGAAUAUCAAAAAACCUGCGGCACUAAUGGGCGAACCAAGCUGGAGUUGCCUAGUGGCAGUGGGAAUGAACUGAGCGAAACCGCUGCGCACGAGCUGGUGCUGAAAGAGAUCGCCAACACGUUAGCGCAACGCAAGAAGUUGUAUGCUCAGGUGUCGAGUAUUGAAAAGGAAGCCGCACUUUUAGAGAAAGCCGCCGAAGAGCGCCGCACUGCAGCGGCUUUGCUUGCACAGGGCACCAACAUGACACUGGCAAAUGCAUCGACCGCAGCAAGUGGUGCGCCGGCUAUGCUGCCUGCUACGCUGAUACCAGCAAACAUGAUUGGCGUGGCACAACCGCUGCAACUGACGACGAUGAUGGCAGCAAAUGCCGCAACCACUGCUUGCUCUGUAUCGAAUAGCGCGCCUUCUACGCCCAGCAAGUCGGCGGGACAUUCGGCUUCCAAGGGCACGCGUCGCAGUCGCGAUCAUCGUACGCGCUCGCAGGAGUGGCCCGAUGUUCCGGAUGUUGGCAAAAUCGAAGAGAGUAAUCCCGAGGUGCUGGCACAAAAGAUACUGGAGACAGGACGCCAGAUUGAGGCGGGUAAAUUUUCAGCGACUACUGGCACAAGUAGUACGUACAAUAAUGCUGUGGUUGGUGCUGGCGCUGUUGGCGGCAAGCAACUGUUGCCGCUGCAAGCAACACAAAUGCACCACCAUCACCACAACAAUAACAAUUUGGCGCAAUAUCAUGAGGAUGCCGUAACGGCGACUCCAUCUAAGAAAAAGCAUUUACCAUCGGUGUCCAUAUAUGUGGCCGAUAGUAAUUUGAUGCCAGCACCCAUAGCGGCAGGUAAACAGCAGCAGCAGUCCCCUUCCGCAACUGGUAACGGUUUGCGUGGCACUGCUGGCCUUCUGCCAAAAUGUGAGCUGCCCGGCGUAGCGCGAAAAUCCGCAAUGUCUGCUGCAGCGGGCGGCAGCAUACAGGAAUCACCCAAAGUGGCUAACUUCGAGGAUCGUCUUAAGAGCAUCAUCACCUCAGCGCUGAAUGAGGACCAAGAGCAUCGCAAAGCGGCCGCGCAUCAAUUGCCAGCAGCCCACAUGCAUGAUUUGAGUGUGCACGUGUCACCACAGUCGACAGCUGCACAACAGCCAGGCUCACUUCAGUCGUCGCCUGCGCCGAAGCGUAGCAAGCAUUCGGCAUCAGCUGCUGCAGCGGCUGCUAUGAACAACAUGAACCAGCAGCAGCAGCAGCAGCAACAUCCGCAUCAACAAAUGCAAAUACAUCAUCAGCAGCAUCCACACCACAACCAUUUGCCGUCGCUACCACCACAACCGUUGCCACCAAACAAUCUGAGUAACCUCAUCACCGUUGCCACUCAGGGGCCAACACAUUUGAAUGCUACCACGACCAUAUCACCGAUCACCCCACCACCGUCCGCAGGUAAUAGCCAAUAUGGCAGCGGCGGUGUAGGGGCCAGCAAAUAUGGCGGCGGCAAGCAACAGUCUUCCGCUGCUGCAGGCGGCCAGAAAGGCAGCGCUGCAAAAUAUCAGCAACAGCAGCACAAUGUACACCUACAGCAGCAGCAACAACAACACUUAGCACACUUGCAGCAACAUCAACAGCAGCAACACGCACACUUCGGCCCAUCUGCGACCGCUGGCAACUCAGCAGCCGACUUGGCCUUCCAUCAUCGCCGUCGCAGUUCAGUGAGCGCGGCAAGUUUUGAGCAAUAUGCUGCUCAGCAGCAGCAACAACAACAGCAAGUAAUGAUGAUGGCCGCCGCAGCAGCUGCUGCUGGUGGUGCGCCACCUCAACAUCAUUCUGGUGUCAAUCAUCAACAUCUAAUGCCGCAACUCGAAUUCAAAGCGCCCACCGUCACCGCGGAAAAUCUCGUAUUGAAUACAUCGCAACGUUCAAAUAGUCGCGAACAACUCGUCGAGGAAGUGGUCGUCGCACCACGCUCCAGUUCGGCCAACUCGGAUUCGGCUAUUAUGUAUUACCCACCGACGCGCGAUCGCCUUAUGUCAUUAGAGCGCAGCAAUAGCCGCGAAUCUGCGGUCUCACAACCUCUGCCACCACAUCAGAGCAGUUGCGGCAGCGGCGGUAGUCAACAAUCGUUGCUACAACCCAGUCGUCCAAGCUCAAACUCAUCACAACCAGAUUACACACAGGUAUCUCCAGCAAAAAUGGCACUGCGUCGCCAUCUUUCGCAAGAGAAACUCAAUCAGCAAAUGCCGCCUGCUGGUGCAGCUGCUGGUUUGCCACUCUCAACGAAAACCAUUGGUGAUCUGGUGAAUGGUGAAAUUGAGCGCACGCUAGAAAUAUCGCAUCAGAGCAUCAUUAAUGCGGCGGUAAAUAUGAGCACUGUAGGUGCGCCGCCCAGUACAGGUGGUAGCACCGGUGGUGUCAACGCCAACAAUUAUAUGGACCGCGUUACGCACGAACGUUUGCUGAUCAAUCCGAACGCGCAACGUCCCGAACGUGUGCACGUGCGUGUUUUCGAUGAGCAAACACCACUAACACAUGUGCAAGGCAGCGCCACAGACGUCUCGCCGCGCACUAUGGGUAAUAGCAGUGGUCGCAAGUCGCCGCCUCCAACACAAGCCACACAUAAUUUAGUUACGCUGGCACAUGUCGCCUAUAAUCAUAAGACAGCGACUGGUAGUGCAGCAGCAACAUCAUCGGCUGGUGGCCGCGCCAACAACAGUAACUACAAUGUUGCGCGUGACAUGCAGAAUCCAUCGCUUUAUCAGCAAAUGACUAUGGGUGGGGUUGGUGGCAAUAAUAGGGAGACGACUGCCCGUCAUGCUGCUAGCGGUAAUGCUACUGGUGCCGGUAGCGGUUUACGUGGUCGCGACUAUCAGCCGGUUAGCUUGCCACGCGCCGAAAUGAAAGGCUGCAUCGAAGCGUAUUUCAACGAGGAGCAACAUCAUCAGCAACAGAUCCAGCACCAUAACCAGCAAUCGCACUCUCAUAAGUCAAGCGCUAAGGAACGUAAUAAUGGGAGAGGAAAUCGUUUGAAUGGUAGCAAUCCGCCGUUGGAAGGCUUGGCUGCUUCGCUGCAGGAUCAUGUCAUGGCUUCACGCAAAUACAAGGAGGAGCACGAGGAACGUCAACGUCGUGCCGCUGCAGUUUCCACAAACAAUAACAAUAGCGAUUUACAUAAUCAACACCAUCAUCAGCAACAGCAGCAGCAGCAACAACAGCACCAUCACCACCAACAGCAACAACAGCAAUAUGGCCACAGUCCAUCGCAUCAUUACGAAAUGCAAAAGACAUCUGGCCACAAUAAUGCCACGCCCAACAAGGUGGAAAUCGGUGUGAAACGCGCUUCACCUAUGGCAAAUAACCAACAGCCACGACCCGCUAAAAUGGCGCACUACAACGAUAGUGUCUCUACGCACAACCAACAGCAGCAGCAGCAUCAGCAACACCAACAACAUCUAAGCAACAAUAAUCAUUAUGCGAAUAUGAAUGGAGUUAGUAGCAGCAGCAACAGCGCAUCCUCAUCGGGUGUAAGCGCACCAAUACAGUCACAGCCUAUAUCGCCAUCGUGCCGACGUAAUGUAAAAUUGCCACUCGAACCAUUACUAAUGAGUCCUGAAAUCAAUUCGAUAAUGAGCGGUGGUAGUGGCGGUGGCGGUGCUGGUAGUGAUGAACGGCCGUUGCAGUUAUCAGCGACAGCAAUGUCACGUCAGCAACACCACGAGCAGCAGCAGCGCACGGCGACGACGAUGACGCCAAUUGUGGGUGGACGCGCCGGUGAUGAUGAUGAUGUCAUUGCUGACGAUGAAACCCAUUGGCAACAUCGCGUGAGUUCCGGUUUCGAUCGUCUGGUCGCAUUUGCUUCCACUGAAUUAGAUAAGACGCGUCGCUCGAUAGACACCGACAUAGUACCAUCUUCGAUUAGCUGCAAUACCUCGCCGGAUUCUGGUAUAACGCACAGCAGCAGCAAUUCGGAUGCGGCACGCACCUUCCUCUCCACAUCGUCCACCUCCUCCCAAUUGGACAUGCCCAUUGGCAGUGGCAGCAGCAGUGCUGGCAGCACUAGCAGUUCAAGUGGCGGCAGUGUGAGCAGCGUCAGUGGCGCCAGCGCCAGCUCUGGCGGCAGUGGUGUCAAUAGCUACAUGCAUGGUCAUCUUCAUCACCACCACCACCAUCAUUCUCUGCUGCUGCAUCAACAUAGUGGCGUCGGAGUUGGCGGAGGCAGUGGUAGUGGUAGCAGUCACGCUUCAUCAUCGGAUCAUCUCAGCGAUAGUAGCAUGAAGUCAUCACACUCAGAUGUCGCCUCUAUGCCGCCCAUAACGUUGCUGAAGACGAGCGCCUCAUCGCCAGUCGAUGCGAGCGCCAUUGAAAGUCCACCACUCUCUGAUAUUGGACUACCGCGCACACCUAGCCCGAAUGCGACAGUGCCGACACCACCUUUGGCCGCGGCUCUGGCUGCGGCGCACAGCGUCACCCCUACGCCCACACCCACACCGACACCGACACCAACACCACCAGCCGCAGGAUCUGGUGGUGCAGCCAAUGCUACUGCUGAUCCCUAUGGUAACAAUACACUCAAAAUACCAUUAAAAUAUCAACGCAAAUCGAAGUCCUCAUCGGAGAAACAUUACAAGAAGAAAUUCUGUGAACGCAAUUGGGAAUACGAUUGCGAUGAUUUGUUGAUGCCGUAUGCGAAUAAUAGUAAUGAUGCUACCAAUACGGCGAAUGCAACGGGUGAGUCAACAAUCGCCGACGCGGCAGGCAAGGCAACAAGCUCAAUAUCGAAUGGUCCGACGUCAUUUAACAAAACCAGUGGCGGUGAAUCGAGAAAAUCUGCGACGAGCGUCGAAAAGUCACCAAAAUAUCAGCAGCAGCAACAACAGCAGCAUGCCGUAGAGUCCAACGUUAAAUCCGCUGAUACGCUGAGUCAUAAUCAUAACAACAACAACGCUUCAGCGAAUGCGUCGUCAACAACGCAUAAUCUGUCGAAUCACCACCAUCAUCACAAGUCGUCGAAAUUCCGGCCGAAGGGCAAGGAUUGGGAUUGGUCCAUGGAUAGCAGCAAUAGCAGCAGCGCGUUAAGCAUCAGCAACAACAGCAAAGGUGGCGGAGGAAGCGGAGUAGGAGGAGGUAACAGCAAUGGCAAGAAAUGCAAAUCGGACGUAAGUGCUGCGCCGUCAGCGACCAUAGCCACGCCUACUACAACCAACGUUAGUUAAGUCGAAAGUGUUGCAUGAGUUUAGUUUCUUUUUUAUAGCAUAUUUACAUUUUUUCUGGCGACACACCUUCAAGUGAGUACCCCGCCUACUACCCUCCUCGCCUAGUAGCCACUUGGCAACAACAAUUGGCAAAACUGUAACGUAAUAUCAACAUUAACUAAUAUUUAUUUGUAAUUUAAGCGUGAAAUGGUUGAAUUGUGUAAUAAUUUCGUUAUGUUUUCGCUAAAAUCUAUCGCGUUGUUUUUAAUUAACUUUAAGUUUAAAAUUUAUCACAGUUACUAUACUAAUUUUUUUAGUUUAGUUGAAGACUUAUUUUAUAUAUUAAUAUUUUUUUAAUUAUGAAAUUUGAAAAAAAAAAUGUUUAUUUCGUGACAGAAAGUGGAAAGUUGGCCUCGAAGUAGUUGAACAUUUUUGGAUAAUGUAAAUAUUUCAAAAUUUGUAUUCAAAACCAUUUUUUCUUUUAGAAUUGGCUUGAGCUUUCAAACAGCUAAUUUCCAAUUUUUUAAUGAGACGAAAUGUGUUGAAAGAAUUGUAAGAAGUUAGUGAUCAGCUGUGUCAGAGAGUAGGCUCAUAUAUCACAAAAAACAAAAAGGGAAGAAACUACUAACCUGCAUACAUAAUUACCAUUAGCUAGUUUUGCGUUCAGAAUCCAUCGCGGUCGUGGCACAAUAAAUGUUGGAAAGAGUUACAUUUUCUGUUCGUAGUUCAAAGUGAAUUUUAAUCUCUGUGUAUUCAAAACUGCAAGUGGUAGUGAACUGCAUAAAUGCUGAGGAAACUUUCACUAAUUAUUUACAUUUUACAAAUUUAAUAUCGGUUUUGUUACUACGCGGUAGAACAGCUGGCAAUUUAAUAGUCUUCACUCCCACAGGGCGUUGUCAAGCGCGUGACAAAUGCAAUUUACUCUCAAAAUGGCUGUCAAAAGCCUGAGAAGAAUCACUUAAAGUAACUAUCAAAUGCCUGAGAAUCGAAUAGUAGCGGUCGCCCCUCGACAGGCAAUGGCAAACCUCCGAGUGUAUUUUCGCCAGGAAAAAGCUCCUGAUACAAAAAUUUCCGUUUGGAGUCAGAUUAGGACUCAUGAUGCUCGCCGCAAAUAGGAGAACCCCCCCAGAACCCCCCUACAGACAGCUGAUUUUAAUUUAUACCGUAAAAGUUGAAAGCAAUAAAACCAGUCAAAUCAAGUCUCUUCAAUAAAUUGUGCCAGAAGAACUUUCAGCUUUCUCAUAUUUUCCAUUUAAGACAUUUGAAUGAAAGCAAUAAGACAAUCACUGUCCACUUGCAAGGACUCAAUAGAAUGACGCAUAAAGCCUUAACCUUUGUGUAGGCCGAGCUGUUCCUUCAAUUUUUUGUGUAUUUCCCACCCCCCCUACAAAAGCAUUAAUUCCUUCACUUUUAGGUUUUGUGCUUGCUGCGAGAACCGAGUUCAGAACUUUUUCUUGCUAUGCUACAGACAUAUACUCAGGAGGCACUGCUUAUAAUAAUAGUUAACAGUAAUGCUAUUUCGUGUGAAUCCUUGACACUAAAUUUUAGAUGUACUUUUUUGAUGAACUUCCUUCUGCCACCUACUGCACUUACUCGUACUGUUAACACCUUUUCAAAGUAUGUUUUAACUACCGAUUGGAGCCUCGCAAUUGCCUGCCAUGAAGUUUUGAAGUUAGGUAUUUUCAGUCCGAAAUAUUGCAGAAAUUUCGCCAUUCACCAGAGGCACAAUAGGCUUUGUAAUCUAUUAUUAAUAUAUCUACAAUAUGCCCUGCCUUGUAGCUCCUUAUAAACUCCACUGCACUGUAUCCAAGCACUGAAAAGGCGUUGUACUGAAUACAUUUCUGACUUAACGUACAUUUGUCCGAAAGGUUAAUGCUUUACUCUACUAUAAAAUUUAAAUCAAUCAAAAUAUUUAGUAAACAUUUUUUUUUUAUAUUGAUUAAAAAUAAUAUGUCGUAGGCAUCGAGUGGCGGUGCUGAUGUGGCCCCUAAACGUUCGAAGUGAAGGACAUGAGGUCUCCCGCGUCUGCCAAUCCCUUGGGGAUUUAAUCCAGUUCAGGUCUUGUGAUGUCGCUCUGGGGUUUAUGCAGUGUAUGGCCGAUCCACUUCUAUUUGCGACGCCGUAUUUCGAGGAGUAUGGGUAUUUGUUUGGUAAUAGCCCAUAGGUCAGGUCAAUAUUACUUAUGGUUUUAGGUUAGAAUAUCCGCAGGGUUUUGCGUCGGCAACGAUUACGUAGUAACUGCUCUCUUUCGCAGCUGAGAACGCAAACAACACAUCAACUUCUAAAAAAAGUAUUGAAAUGAAAAUAUUCUUCUUUAUUAUUGUUUUAUAUUUUAUUUCAUAAUACAAAUCAUAUUAUAUAUAUUUAAAUAAAUUAAAAAUUUUGUAAAUACCAUGUAAUUGUGCGAAUUUCGUUUGUGCGCGAAUUAUUUCUUUCUCUUUUCUUCAAUGCGGGCUGAAACGGAAUAUAUGAUAGAUAUGUAUGUUUUCCUUUAACUCCUAGUGGAGUCCAGGCUGUCCAACGAUUCGUUAGCAACUUAGAUUCGAAUAAGUAGAUUGCUAGCCCGCUUAUCCUAGCUUGGUGUUAGAUGAAAACUAUCUACACCUCAAGCAGGUCUUGCUCGUUUUGGUGCGCAAGUGGUAUUUUAUUUCCCCAACUACUCUGCAUACAUAGUUGCCGAGCGUUCCCAUAUCCCACCGAUGGGAGACAGGCAACCUCACACGGCAAGUUUCUUCAGUUUUGUAUGCAAGUAAAUAAAAAAAUAAAAAUAAAUUUUUUUUGUUUAAUUUUAUAAUAUAUAUAUGUUUGUAACUUUAUUAUAUUUUUUUGUUUUUUAAUAAUAUAUUUAAACAUAAAUUUAGUUCAUUUGAUACCUUACUAUGCGCUACAGCUCGUUAGAAAAUCUUUCUCAAGUUUUGCAAAAAUAAGUUCUUUUCUUUCUUUCAAAAAACAAGCAGCAAUUUUUAAUUUCCAAUUUGUCAAUUGGAAUAUGAAAAUUACACAAACGACACGCCGUUCACUUCGUACAUGGUAAGGUAACUGAACGACUUUGUUUUCCAAAUAUUUUAUACUUUUGCUAUGAGCGCAAAUUGGAAAUUUCUGGUAUACAAGAAACAAAAAAAAAAUGAAAACAUUUAAUAUUUUUUAUUGUCAUUUGCAACGGCGGAACCUAUUCAGCUGGCAUGAGACAGCACUUCAAUGGUUAAUUUCAAUUAUUUUAGUCUGUUGUUGAUAUUAAAAAAUUUUUAUUAUGACAAUUUUGUUUCGUUUUCUUUAUAAUUUUACUUUUUGUUAAACAUUAAAAACAAUUGUUUAGUAUUGUCACCCAGUUUUUUGCACAGUUAAAAGUUUAAGUAUGUAACGGUUAGUUGCCAAUUUAAUUUUAAAUUUAUUGUUUGAUUCACUUAGACGUUUAUCUUUAAAAAAAAUCUGGUAUAAAAAAAAAUGUCAUAUAUAACUAAAUUAAGUUCAAAUGCUAUAACUUCGCUGCUGUACUGAUUUAUUUGAAAUUGUGCGUAUAUAAAAAUAAAUAAUAUUUUAUAAUUAGCGAAAAUUUGAGGUUAAACCUGAAACUGUUAAAUAAAAAUUGAAUAAAACGGAAAUGAAGGAAAUUGAAACGAAGCUAUUGCAGUAACAAGAUGUGUAACGAAAAAAUUUUAACACAAAAAAUUUUUUUUCCUUAAAUUAAGUUAACAUAAUAUUUUGUCGCAACGCUGCUAAGCAAAAGAAAAGCAAAAACCUCUUAUCUAAUUUUAGAUUUUAAUAAACAAAAUUUUAGCAUGAAUUUGAGAAACGAAGUGAAGAGAAAAUUUAUUAUAAAAAAUAUACAAAAACGGUUGAGCAACACAAGCAAUGCAACGGCAAAUUGACAAAUUUAAUGGUUAACGGUUUAAGCAAAAAACAACAAUAAUAAAUCAAUAACCAGGCGGGACUAAAUAACGCAAAAAAGUAAGGGGAAUAGGAAAUAAAGAAAUAAGCAAAAAAAUCUGCAAAAAUUGUAAUACGAAAAUUAAAAAAGUAGGGAAGAAAGUAUGCAAUUUAGCUAAAAAAAUAUUUACUAAUUAAAUAUUUAUAAUUAAAUAAUGUAAAUGCUAUCGGAAAAAUAAAUAAACAUUUAAUGAAUAAAAAAACAUUAAUUUAAUAAAUAAUUUAAUGCAAUUACAUAUUUAUGAAAUAUUGAAAAAAUAAUAAAAAUAUUAUAUUACAAAAAAUACUUUAGAUUAAGUGCAACCAGCAAACAAUUCACGUUCAGGAAAAAAUGUAAUAGUUGAUUAAUUUAAAUUGCAGUAUCAAAUGACAGUUUAUACAAGAACAACAGCAAAAUGUAUAACAAAUUUAAAUAUAAAAUUAUUACACCGUAUGUAACAGUUGUUUCGAACAAUGCAAUGUAUGUAUGUAUAUGUGAAUAAAAACAGUAACAACAACAAAUAAUGAUGGCAUUUAAUUAAUUUAAUUGAUAAGUAAAAAGCGUACAGAAUAUAAUGAAUAAAUAAAGCAAACAAUAAAAGAAAAGAAAAGAAAACAGAAAUGAAAUUAAGUAAAUAUACGUAAAAAGUAAAAGCUUGAAUAUUUGAAUGGGAAAAGAAAGUUAAAAUGAACGAAAUGAGUUUCCCAAAAAGUGUUAAGCGAAAAGCAACAUAAUUUAAUGGAUAUCUAAAACCAUAAGUGACAGGGUCUAGCGCUGCCUUAUGAAGAGAAGCGCAUUUGGCUUGACGAUGUAAAAAGUGUGACUGCAGUCAAAAAUGAACAGGUAAAACAGAGCUCAGAAUUUUUAAUUGCAAAAAGGGCGAUGCAUAUGUUCGGGUUGCGAAUAUGGAAUUUCAGGAAAAUAACUUACGUAUAUUUGUUUUUUUUUUUUUGUUUUUACUAAUCAAACACACAACCAUAAGUUGUUUGAGCUCAAUUUAAAAACCUUAAAAUUAACAUUAAAAAUACAGUUGCUUAGGGGAAAAGAUUUGACAAGGGGAAAUAGUGGCCUGUAAAAAGUGGAAGUAGGAGAAGAAAAACAAGAAAUCAUUAGAAGUACUUAUAGGUGUACUUGCAUAUUCAGCUCUACCAUAGAAUUCGUCGUAGGAAACCUGCGAAUACGAAAAAAUUGUAAUCGUGGGUUCUUUGUGAACUCGAAAAAAGUGCUGCCAAACUCAAAUGUCACAUUUUGAUAUUUCUACAACAGCUGGUUCAAUGUAAACAAGAAAAUUUAGCAAAUAAUCUUUAGGUUUUUCAUCAAAUCAGCUGAAUUUCCAAAUUAAAAUGUACUCGAUGACAUGUGCGAUUAUGUUAAUGGAGGAGGAAAGUGAGAGACGCGAACGAACGUUCAGAAUUGAGCGAAAAUAUUGAGAGAUGCAAGCAACCAACCCUCUCUAAAGCAGUCAGUCUGAUGACUUCUUCUUCCAUUUCAUUGAAAUAGGGCUGCUUAUUUCGGCCACCGCCAAUUGCUGCUUGCUCUCCCUUGUUUUCGGACAACUUUCCUUUUAAGAGAACAGAUACCUGUAAACGGCCAUGUUUUACCUGAUUCUCAUUAAAAGUAUUUAAAAUGAAGAAGUCAAUAUAUUUUUUUCAAAACUGGCAUACAGUUUAUUUAUACAUUAAAAUAAUAAUUUUUUUUUUAUUUUAAUCAUUUAAAAUUACGGAUGUACACUCAAUUCUUCCAGGAAGGUCGCAGUGGGGCUUCUCAAUCGGCGGGCAUUGUAGCAUCGGCGUUAAUAAAUGAAAAAAAGUCGCGGAAUAAAACGCUUUAAUUAAAAUUAAUUUUGGGGCGAAUUUUCCUACUAUUUUUGCUUCGAAAAAAUUAUUUUUUCGAAAAAUUUUCGGAAACUUGUAAAUUCACAUAGAAAGUAAUAUCAUAAAAAAGAUGUGCGCAAAAUUUCAGGGAAAUCGGUCAAUAACUUUUCGAUUUAUCGUGUACGCCAUUUCGAAAAAUAUAGUUUUGAGAAAAACGCGUCUAAAGUUUGAAUACGUAACUAUACCUCUCCCAGCGCUCGAACGCAAAGAAUAGAGUCGUCACGGUUGACGAUAUAUAAUAUAAGAAAUACUUAAAUUUCGUUCUAGAAAAUUUUUGACAUAUUCUUAAAGGAUUAUUUUAACAUUUUAUGAAAAAAAAAUUAUUUUUUUUCGAAAUUUUACAGGUAUCUGUCCCCUUAAGCCUUCCAAUCUAACCACACCUGAACUAAAAAUAUGUUGUGCCAUCGGAUAAAGUAUACAUCCUUCCUUCGCCACAUUUUGCCAAAACUCGAUUACCUUUGCGCAUUUUGAGAAAGCCUGAGUAAUUCCUGGUUUUUCUACUGUUUUAGCUGGUUUCUGCUGUAUUAUUAAUGCUGGCGUGUUCUUACAACUUUACACCCGGAGAAGUCACAUAAAAGUACAUAUACUUAAAAAUUUCUUUUUAUUUAUAGCUUAGUUAAUAUUGGUAAUAUAAUACAGUUUCUUUAUUUUUUUUUGCUUUUAAAUCCUCUUUUUAUUAGUCGUUCUAAUUUUGGCCCUUUAGCCAAAGGUCGUCGUAGAAAAAUUUGACAAAAUUCUCAGAUUUGACAUUCCGAAUGUAUUCAGUGAAUACUACUUUAGGAAUUUCGAAUGUACCGUUCUGAGCUAUUCGAAUUUUAUGAUUACAAUUUCUUAGUUUCUACAAAAGCAGUCUACGAUGAAUUGCCUGAUAAUGCUGAUAGGGCAAAAUAAUGUAUGAUUUCAUUUUUAAAGCGUAAUGUACUUCAAAUAAUUUUCAUCUUUUGUGGUAGAGCGUUCCAAAGACGAACGAAGAUAAUUUAUAUAUACAUAUAAAGGGUGAUUUUUUAAGAGCUAUAGAAAAGUUUUUCAGAAAAAAAACGUAAAAUUCAGAAAAAGGCAUGAAACUUUAAAAUUUAUUUGAAUCGUUAGUACAGUCCAUAUAAUUUAAUGUUUGAAAAUUAUUUCAUGCAAAUGUUGACCGCGACUGCGCUUCAAAUGGUCCAUCCGCUUAGUCCAAUUUUGGCAUACUCUUUCCAAUGUUUCGGCCGGUAUCUCACAUAUAAAUACUUUAAUGUUGUCUUCCAAUGCGUUAAUUGAAGCAGGCUUGUCUGAAUAAACAUGAACUUUAACAUAGUCCCACAAAAAAUAAUCUAAAGGCGUUAUAUCGCACGAUCUGGGUGGCCGAUUGACAGGUCCCGAACGUGAAAUAAAAUGUUCACCGAGCUCGCCUCUCAACAUGUCCAUUGUUACGCGUGCUGUGUGGCAUGUGUCACCGUCUUGCUGAAACCACAUGUCAUGCAAGUCAAGAUCUUGUAUUUUUUGCAAAAAAAAGUUGGAUAUCAUUUCACUGUAGCGCUCACCGUUCAGCAUUCACAGUUACGUUACGAUUCGCAGCAUCUUUGAAGAAGUACGGUCCAAUGAUACAUCUAGCCCAUAAACCGUACCAAACUGUGACCUUUUCUGGAUACAUUGGUAGCUCUUGCAACUCUUCUGACUGAUCUUCACUCCUAAAUCGACAAUUCUGCUUAUUUACGUACCCAUUGAUCCAAAAAUGAGCUUCGUCGCUCAAGACAAUUUCCCCCAUUCACCAAAAAAUGUGCGUUGCGGUGGGUCGUUCGGCUUCAAUUCUUGCACCAGCUGUAUUUUGAAAGGCUUCAUACCUAAAUCCUUUCGCAAAAUUUUCCACGUUGUUGAGUAACGGAGGCCCAAUUGAUGCGAACGGCGACGAAUCGAUAAUUGAUGGUCAUCAUUAACACUGGCUGAUACAGCUGCGAUAUUUUCUUCAGUUCGCACUCUACGUAAGCGUGUUGGUGGUUUGAUGUCCAAUAAUGUAAAUUUGGUUCUAAAUUUAGUCACAAUAGCUCGAAUAGCCGCUUCAGUGGGUCGAUUAAACUGAGCAUAAAAUAGAAGAAGCGCGCGAUAAACUUUCUUAACAGAACACACAUUUUUAUAAUAAAAUUCAAUGAUUUGCAAGCGUUGUUCAUUUUUAAGACGAUUCAUGGUUAAAUUAUAGACCAAACUGAAGAUGUUUGACAGUGAAACAAAACACGAAACGUGUGUCAGCUGUUUAAACCAACUGUUUAAAAAUGUAAUAGCUAAAAAAUCAUCCGUUAUAAUUGGCGCGUACACCCUUUUUGGGUGUUUGGCCGAGCUCCUCCUCCUACUCUGUGACGUGCGUCUUAACGUUGUUCCACAAAUGGAGGGACCUAUAGGUCUUCAUUUUGGUCUUUCACCGAGGUUCGAACCUACGUUCUUUCUGAAUUCCGAAUGGUAGUCACGCACCAAUACAUUCGGCAACGGCAGCAGCAUCUGUGAAAAAUUACAUAAUUUAAAUGUCUACUAUGAGCUCAGCACGUCUACAGGUAAAAUCCGCCUAACGUCGAGAUAUCGAUGUUGAAUGUUGUUCAGUAACACUUUGCGUUACAGCGGCAAUAUUCUAAACAGAACUUCCAGUUUUCGGUCUGCCAGUCCUUUUUCUACGCUCGACAUAACUUUGCAAUUUUUCCACCAACCUUUGAAUUGUCGACUCAUUCGGACGAUUAUUUCCACCAAACAAAUCAUGAAUAUUGUGUUAUGUUCUUCUUAAUAAUUUCAUAAUAAGUUUCAAUAAUUUUUACGCGUUGUUCUAUUUUGGAAAAUUGCACAUCUGUCUUCUUGACAAGUGUCAAAAAUAGCACAGAAAGGAGGUAGCGUCUAGGAAUUUUCCACUACAUUUUGAAAGUCCCUUUAUUUAUCCUUUUUUAUUGCGUUACAAGAACAAAUUCUUUUUGAGCAUAGCAACGGGGCUGCUAAUGUCGGAUAUAUUCGUUUGAAGAAUGUAGCCUCACAGCAAAAGCGCUCUUUAAAAACCGCUUAAAAUCUUUUCCAAAAAACUUUUAAACCUUUUGCUUGCUUCAGAAUUCGGAGAACCUGUAGCGUCAUUAGUACUUUUCGUUGUUAGUUUUUGUAUUUAAUUUUUUAUCCUUUCUCCUGUGACUGGUUUGAAAAACCUCUGCAUAAGCGUAGGACUGAUGGCAAAUAAAUUGCCAUUUGUGCGUUGACGGCUUUCAGAAACGAUGUGCAGAAUGCAACAUCAGACCUGGCUUAGCUGGCUCUCAGCGAUUUUGAAGGAAUCAGCUGAUUGGCUGAUGUAACCGCAGUCAUGACAGUGGUUUUUGUACGAAAAAACUGAGAUUGUGUUGGUGAUAUACGUAAAAAAUUAACGUAGUAUCCGCUCGUGUUAUUUCGUUGUCGUCCGAACAACGUCUGAUUGAACGAGUGUGUGAAUACGUGUAAAAUGAGGGGGCAGAAUUCUGCUGCCGAAUCACCUAUGACGUGCCAGCCGAAGUUACUCUCACAAUUUUGCCUCGGAUAGCCAAACUUGGUAUGUCUCAGAUUUUUCUAAGUAGCUGAAAUUCUGUUGGUUAAUUAGGGCCCACAAUCUCUUGUCGCGUCCAACUUGCACAACAUCGCAUUCGUAAAAGCUUCGGAUUAAUCAUUAAUCGAAUGUUAUAAUUAUUUGAAAUGCGAAAACACUUUUGCAAAUGCGAAACAGUUUUUUCCUUAUAUAUAUGUUCGACUUUUUGAAUAUCUUCGCGAGCUAGUUAAUCGUCACCAUCCUUUCUUUUCAAGCUCUUUCAAGUCAUUCAUUUAGCGCUCUUACGCUUAGACUUUCAACAACAAUUGAAAAGUGAAUAACUGUCUUUUUUCAAUCCUGGCCACAAUGUUCCUACCUAAAUAGCUGGAAAAUUAAGUUUAGGAAUUUUUUUAGUUACUUUGUAAGAAGGGCACAUGUGUCUGAGUCGUAUAAGCGAAUCACUUAGAGCUUAGUUACCUUCUUAAGGAUCUAAGAGGUUUAAACAACUUAGUUAAGGAAUGUAAAUCAAAUGCAGAUAUCACAAUGGGCCUUAGGGCCACCGAGUGUCUUGCCUUAGACAAGCAACCUGCGAAACCUAACCUAGCCUAGAGCUCAGGUGAGAUAAUUUGAAGGAUGCCUGGUCUACACAGUUUAUCUUUAUUUUACUAACUAUUAUUAAAUUAACAAAAUUAAUAAUUUUGCACGACUAUACUAUUUAUACAAUAUGCUUUUGGCUACCACAAAUGAAAAGGAAGAAUUUACUCAGCAUUUUUUUUUUUUGCUUUCGAUGAUUUCUAAUGCGCAACUGGAAAUAAACUCUAAUUCAAAUGAAUUUAGAUUUUUCUCGUUUUGUUGGUAAAAAUGUAUUCGAGAAAUAAAUUAAUUAAGGAAUUUGAAAGAUUAGUUCAGUUAAAUCAAUUAACUUUAAAAGUGAAUCCUCUAAAGCAUUUUGGUGCAUUAGAGGGGUAAAUUUUGUUUUCAGUGCAACUUUGAGAAUUCGCUCUUAAAGAGAAAAAUUAAAAAAAAAAAUAACUUGAACGCAAAACCAGUAACAAUUUGCAAGUUUUACGAGCAGCUGAUUAAAUUAUUGGCUGUAAAAGUCGCAAAUAUUAAAUUUUUUCAGUUGAGCUACCUCGUGUUAAAUAAAAACAAAGCAAAUAAAAUGCAAAAUAACGAACUUAGCAUCACAUGAUUUUAUUUUGCUCACAAUAAUUUGUUCCAUUUCUUUAUCGCUGCUAGAUGAAGAACAUUCCAUUAGCAAUUGGAUUGUAGUGGCUAUCACGGCUUUCUUCCUAUGUUCCUUGCUUUGAUGAAUUUUUUUUUUUGAUUUUGCAAAAAGUGUGAAACAUUAAAUUAUAUGGUUUUUAUACAAAAGAAUUUACAAAAAUUAAAAAAAAAAUAUAAAUUUAAAAAUUAAUAAAUAGUCAAAACUUUGCAAAAUUCCGCUAUUAUCGUGAGCACCUCUGUAUAUAUUAUACUUGAAAAUACUAAAAAAGUACUGCAAAAAUUUUUUUUCGGCCAAUACAACCUUCUAUAACAAUUUCUGUACCAUUUUCUGUUUCUUCUUUCACUGUGUAAUUGAACUGUUGCGCCUGAGAGUUUGUCCGAAACGGUUUAUAGCGUUUGCAAUAAGCAAAGAUUUCUCAAGAGGCUUCACUUCUCCAAACCCAACUUACUCAUUGUACCAAAACAAUAACGUCAGCACUACCAUCGUCACCAAGCCGUUUAACCUCUUCGCCGUCUACAUCUGUUCCGCUCAGACUAUUAGUGUUGAGUUUAUGAUCAACCAACCAGCUGAUGAGUGGAUUCUAUUUGCCUCGCACCACAGUCAUCCGUUUCGCUUAACUUGCUGGGGGAUAUUUACUUAAGGGGUCCCCGGUGGUCUAGAAUUUCCAAAAAAUCGAUUUUUUUGAAAUUAUAUUUCGAAAAUAUAGGCUUUUAAGAAUAUACUGUGAAAUUUUUGGAAGGAUACUCUCAGUAUUUUCGAUUCUACAGCCAUUUUAGCAGGUAGAGUCGGACUCGUCUCGCGGUCACUCUCAAAACUUUAAACUCAAUUAUGUAUGUCAAAACCACUUUUUUCGGUGUGGUGUUGUAAAAAAAAACUAUUCAACCGAAUCGUCUGAAAUUUUAAUACGUUGCUCAUAACAUCAAUGGCUAUCGCCCGUACUCGUACUAGAAUCAUAUUAUUAUUUCAAUUAUUUCGAAUUUUUUUAUUAAAAAACUGAGAAAAGCAAUUUUUUGAGUGUAAAAAUUAAAGCCUCGCCAUUAUGUCAAAUUUUUUUUGUCCUAGUAGGGCAUAGCUGAUUAAUAAUUCUUUUGGUUUUUAAGUUUCAGAUAAAUAGAAGAGCCAAAAUGGACAACACCGUCUAGGUAAAAAUUUUUCGGGAGGGUCAACUUCAGCGCCAUUUUUAAAAUUAUUCAAAUACAAUUUUUUUUUUCAUUUUUGUAUAUGUAUGCAUAAAAACAGAUAAAAAGCCUAAACAAUUUAAAUAUCGCUUUUUAUUUUUCAUUGUAAAAAAAAAAUUCCUCAAAAUACCAUAAAUUAUCGAGCUCUAACCCACCCUAUAUUUUGCAGAUUGUCACUGGCACGUUUUUUAUUUCAUUCAGUGAACUUUAUACGUAGAGUACGAAUCGUUGAAAAUUUUAAUAUAUCAAAGCGUACUAAAUUAAAUGUAUAAGGCAUAAGGCGUAAGGUUACUUUAAAGCUUAUCAUUAAAAUUUCAUAACAUUGAGGUUCUACUGAGGAAGUAAAUGAAGAGCGAAAUUUUCAGAACACUUUGCUGAAAUGAAGAAGUCAUGAGCAUAUUUAUCUAUUAUAUUUGCCGCCAGUCAAGAAAGCAAAGCUUAUUCAAAUCGCAGCUAAGUGCACUUCCUGCACAAGUCUACAACUACAACGUUGAACAGUCGCUAUUAGAAAGUUAGCAGGAACAAAUUUUCAGUUUACAGUCUUUCAGCGAAAUAGUAGUAACUUACUUAGCACAUACACGACCAACAUACUCGUACAUACAUAUGUAUGUGCAAACUCCAAACCAUUGGCAUUUACUUACAUAUGUAUAUGUAUGUAUAUGAUAUUUAAUUGAAAAACACAAGCGUUACAGUAACGGGAGUUUCGAUAGAAAUUUGUAUUGGAAACCUUAUAAAGUAUUGGCAUUCCUACUCAGGGUGAAUAACAAACACACAUAACAUAUACUUCGCGAAUUAUACAAGUAAUUAACAAAACACAACAAAAAAAAAACAAAUAUUUUAAAAUUAAAACUAAUAAACGAAAUGUUUCAAGUGUCAACUCACAAACCAAUGAACCUUUUUUCCAUGAAGCUAGUAAUAAAUUUUCCACAGACAAAAUACAUAUAAAUAAAAGCAAAAACAAUAAAAAAGUAAAUAAAAUGAAAACAGCUGCUAAUUGCUAACAAAGACAAAAAACAACUUAAAAAGACUCCCGAAACUCAAGCACGCCUACCUAAAACGAUUACUUUUGAAGAAAUAAAAAAAAAAAAAAUGGUAAAGCAACAAAAAGCAAAAAACACAAAACCAUGUAAACAAGAACACCAAAUUAUAAUGCAGACAACAUUUAAAUUCUAACGGAAAGUUUGUAGUAUUGUAAUAUUUCACAUAGAAGUUUAUAGGAAAUUUAAAGAAUUUUUCCACCUCAGCGAAUUAAAUGUAUGAGAACAAAUAUUUAAUGACACGAAAUAUAUGAAAAUACUGUUAAUACAUUAAACAAAGCCCAUAGAGUGGCAGCAACAAAGGAAACUUUCCCAAUUUCGAUAUCUUUUUUCUCCUUUUGUAUGAUAAAUGUUUCCUAAUGCUAAAUAAAAAGAAGAACCAAAAUUAAACAUAAAGCAUAAUUCAGGAAAGCCAAAAACACAAAAGAAAAAAACAGUAAAAGGUAUUGUAUUAAAAAAUAGUUUAACAAAAGGGAUAAGAGAAUUAUAAAAAUAGUAUUGAAAUUAAAUAUUACUAAAAACAUACAUCGUAGCGAAACUUAGCACCGAAUGUAAUGAUUACAUAUGUACGUACUUAUAUAAUAAUAAAAAAAGGCAAGUGAGAUACUCAAAAGAUAUGUAUGUAUUUCCCAACACUGUAACAGAAAAUUGUUUUUUUAAAAUGCCUAAUGCAUCAUCAUAGCUGCCGUCACAGCAAUGGUAUGUCCUGGCACUAAAAACUCCCCUUGUUUAAUUAAAAAUAUUAUAAUAAAAAUAAAAAUAAUAAUAAUAAUAAUAAUAAAAAUCAUAACUAUAAAAAGUAAAGUUAGAAAACUAAUAAUGAUACAAAAAAAUAAUUAUUAUUAUAAGAAUCAAAAUUAGAAAAAUAACAAUUAUAAAAAAAAAAUAAUAAUAAUAGUGGAAUAACUUUUUUAUCUACUAAAUAAAAACCAUGAUAUUGAGUGAUGGAAAUCUCUACUUUAACUUUGGGCACUCCAUUGCUUGUCUGUUUGUAUACUGCAACUUUGCAACGCUAUUUGCAAGAAUUAUAAAUCUUCCGAUAGUAUUUGCAUUGAGGCCCUCGUUUCAUUUGAAAUGGUGUUUUUGGGAAUUUCUUUAAAAGUGUGUAAAACGGAAACGAAAAAAGAUUUUUUAUUUUUGUUUUGAGUAUUUUAUUUUUUGAUCCACUUAAAAAAAAAAUAAAAAAAAUUUAAAAAGUUGUCAGCCUUCAAAAAAUGGUCUGGCGACAUGGAUUCCGGGACUCACGGGUGUCUGAAAUGAAAAAGACAAAAAGGUUUCUUGUUCAGUAUGAAUGCCGUUAUCCAAAAAGUUCCUAAGUUUCAACGCUAAAAGAGCUAACAUGGCCCUCACGUUAAACAAAAAGAGCAUUCGCACUCUCACAGGCGCCCUCACGGGUCACUUCACCUGCAACAAACACUUACAUAAAUUAGGCAUAACUAACACCAGCACCUGCAGAUUUUGCUGCGAAGGUGAGGAGUCUAUAGAACGUCUCAUCAUCGAAUGUCCGGGGUUGACGCAUAGAAGGAAAAGGUUUUUAAACAAGUUCAUGCUUACAGAUGAAGACUUUCAAUCACUCCCUCAGAAGGAGCUGAUACAAUUCAUAAGCAUACUUAACAGUCAAUAGACAGCAUAGGGUGCACAAUAGAUCAAUAUGGUCGCCGUGCUAAAGGCCCAUACCUUAACCCUUUACUACCAUUAACCAUUAACUAUUAUCGUGUGAACUACGAUCUUUAAAAAAAAUUAAAUUUGACAAAAUGGCCAACGUUCAAAGAUGACCCUUUUUUACAAUACAAUUUUUCAAAACAAUUUUUUUCUGAAUGAUCGUAGUUCGCACGAUAAAUACAUCAAUUCCACGUCAUUUAAAUUUUAUUUCAUCAAAAUCCGUUCAGUAGAACCGGCUGUAUCUAUUAUCUCGUAAAACAUGGUUUCGAGAACCGUAUAACCAUCACUAACAAACUAAAUUUCGCGUUCUUUCUUGAAUUCGAACAACUGGUUUUGUAAAGAUUUCAAACCCUAAAUUUGAGCACAUUAUGUACCUGGCAACCAUUUUUGCAGUUUUUCUUCCACAAACUAAACUAUUUACAUUUUUGUGUAUAAAUAUCAAUUUACUAUACCUAUGCUUUGUUUUGCUUGAAAACUAAGUUUGAAGUUUUGCGGUAGGGGUUGUAUCACUAAAAUGGCUAUAUCUCCGGAAAUAUUCGGAAUUUCGAAAAAUCGUUUGGGGACGAUAUUUUCGAAUAUUCAGUCUACAUAAAUAAGCAAAAACAAAAAAUUGAAAUUUUUUUUCAAACGAGGCUAGAGCCUUGAACACUUUAGCUGCAGACCAAAAUCGAGGUCUAUCCGCCAUCAUUAAUUGAUGUAUUACUGUAAAUACAUAUUUGGUUAAUACUUGAGAUAAAUGGUGGGCAUUCAGCAAUAAUUUUAAUAAAAAAAAAUCACUAUUAAAAAAAUAGUCUGGAAUAAACAAAAAACCAAUGAUGAAAAUCUAGCUCCACAAUUUCAGUUUGAAAUGGCGGAAUUAUGUUGUUUUAUGAAGUAUUGUAGUACUUGAGGCUACCGCGAGUGUCGCAGUGAGACAAUAAUACGCCUCUUCUGUUCGCCAUUUCCCCCCUCGCUAUCUCUAUGCUCGAUAGAGAGUUAUCGAGCAAGAUUCGCUGCUAGCGAAUAUUGUUAUACUUCAUAAAACUGGUAUAACUCGUUGAUUUACAAACAAUGCAAUUUUAGGCAGCUCUAUUCCAGCGCUGCCAAGAUAUGUUUAUUUGUACCAGUUGCUUCAUCUAUUCGCCACUUAAAGUAGGUAUGCAUGGUCAAAGUUCCGUUCAUUUCUCUGCUAUAUGUGGCAACGGAAAAUUAUUUUUCCAACUUGCAGUUUGUGUACCUUUGGGAGUAAAAGAGGUAGACGGCGGGUUAAGAGAAGUGAAAUGCAAUGCAACAAACGUUAGUUAUCAAUUUUCUCAGAAUUUACACCACUUAUUAAUUUGCGCACAAGUGGAGAAAAAAGACAUUCUAUUUUGGAUCGCUCAUUAUUUCGAAAUUAAUAAUAAAAUUUAGCAGAGAGAGUAAACAUUUAAAGAAAGGAAGGAAAUAAAUAAACCAAAUGAAGUACACGCAUAACAAAUAAACAAAUAAUAUAACCUAAAAAGCAAUUCAAAAAAAUUCUAAAAAUUUAAUAGCACUGUGUUGCAUAACGCCACAAGCAUAAUAUAACAUAACAAAACAUAAUAAAUUAAAAUGAAGAAGCAAACACAAAUCUGAGUAAAAAUAAAAAAAAAAGUUAGACAACAUAACAUAACAUAACAAACAAACAAAUAAAAUAACAUAAUAUAAAAUG